CGUAAAAACUCUUAAAACAAAAAUUGUUCUCCUAAAACUAAAAAUAAGUGCUAAUGAGGUGGCGAAUAUUCAAUCAAUACUCCUAUAGAUUUUAUGGAAGUCUUGAACGUGCGGUUAGAGUGUCUGCUAAAUUAUUGCUGAUUUUGCUUCGUCACUGACGUCACUACCGGAGAUGCAAGUAAACGAUCGUCUACCAGUAACGGUCUAAAACAUCUCACGAAAUGGUGGAAAACAUCACGUAAGACUGUUAUGCCCCCUUGCCUUCUGCAAAGCACACCCUACAAAGGGCUUUUUAUUCUCGUUCUUCUUUUUGUGGCUCUAGAGUACAUUUUCAAUACCGUGUCUGAGACAAGAACUGAUAUUUUUAAUUCUUCCACAAAAGUCGAGUUUCUGGAGAAAUCUGCAAUUCAUUAUGGUCCCCUGUUGAAAACUCUUUUAUUUAAAGCAUACUCAAAAAAUAUGUCUUGUAUUCAACAAGCCCGUCGAUUGAACUCGCAAGCUCACUUGAAAGCUGGCAAUUUUGCAGUUAGUAUUUCCAAUUUGGAUUACGUUGUUACCAUCCCUCCAUUCUUGAUUUGGAACAUCACAGAAAUAUAUACAAAUAAUUAUAGUGUAGAAUCACCAGCUUCCACAUUUAGCAACAAGGUGAACAUUGAUAAUGGAACGUCGGAGCUAGAAAGAAGUUCUCAAGAUGGAACUUUGUGUCCUGAUGUUUCACAAAAUCUCUAUGGUAGAGUUCAAAUACAAACAUAUCCAGUGCCUUCUGUACAGACGUUAGAAUCUAGAUUUUCAUGGCUUCAGCCCGGGGGACACUGGGCCCCUUCUAAUUGUACCGUAGAGAAGAAGGUGGCUAUUAUUAUACCGUUUCGAUCCAGAGGAGAGCAUUUACUUCUGUUCUUACAGCACAUGCAUCCGUUCUUGAAGAAACAGCAACUGGACUAUACUAUAUUUGUGGUGGAACAAGACGGAGAAGGACCAUUUAAUAGAGCGAUGUUAAUGAAUAUCGGCUACAUUGAAGGCUUGAAGGCAAGAACGUAUGACUGCUUUAUUUUUCAUGACGUUGAUCUAUUACCUGAAGAUGAUCGAAACCUAUAUACAUGCCCUGAACAACCCAGACAUAUGAGCGUGGCCGUCGAUAUGUUCAACUAUAGAUUGCCUUAUCCUGCAAUAUUUGGAGGCGUCUCAGCUAUUAGCAGAGCACAUUUCAAGCUGCUCAAUGGAUUUUCGAAUUCUUUUUGGGGCUGGGGUGGCGAGGAUGAUGAUAUGUCAAACCGAAUAAGGCACCAUCAGCUUUACAUAUCCAGAUAUCCAAUUACAAUUGCUAGAUAUACCAUGUUGACGCAUAAGAAGGAUUUACCGAAUCCGCACAGAUACGACGUGUUAAGAAAAGGACAACAGCUGUUCGACACAGAUGGAUUGAACAGUUUAAAGUACCAACUUUUGAUGAGAAAAGAAAAACUAUUGUACACUUGGAUAUUAGUAAAACUAAGUUCGCAGCAUCGAAGAUAAUGGUUAUUUUACGUAUUAUUAGUGACAAAUGUUGAAACAUUUAGGUAACUUGAACAAGCGUCUGAUUAGCUUGAUACAUCUUUAGGCGGAAAUGUUCUGAACUAGACAACUUAUUGCACAUAAGCUAAUAAUACUUAAUGCUGAUACCAAAUAUGUUUGUCCAUGAUACAAAAGUUAAUACAAUUUGUAAUUUGCUGAUAACUAGCAAUUUUUUAUUAAAUAAACAAAGUAUCUCUGAAUA